GAGAAGUGCAUCUUCUUGUAAAAUUUUCAACUCUAUGAGUUAACAAUGAACAGGUGGAAAACAGUGGAAGAUAAGUAUUAGUAAUAACAAUAUGAAUCUCCACGUCAGUUUAAUAAAUAUUUGGUUAUAUCACGUGAGUUUAAAAACAAUUUAAAUUGAAAUAAUAAUUAAAUCACUCGAUGGAGGCUAAGCUUGAAGCUUAUAGACGAAAAAAACGCCGAGAAGCAAUGGCUGAAGCUGUUAAAAAUAGUAUUCAAGGAAGAUUACACGCCUGGAAAGAACAAUCUUAUUCAUUAUUAUCAUAUCGCGAGGACAAGGAUGAAAUUGAAAGUAUAGGAUCUGAAGAAAGUAUUGACAUAUCACCACAAAAACAUCCACGAGUGAUUAAAAUUCUUUAUUUCUUAUAUUUCUUAUUGUGGAUAACGUUAUAUAUUAUUGCACUGCAGCUGGAGUUUGGAGCAAUAUAUUUUAUAAUAACAGCUCUGAUAUUUAUAUGGAAAAAUACACGAACAAGUCCAAAGAAAAAGGGAGAAAUAAGUGCUUACUCUGUGUUUAAUCCGAAUUGUGAACCAAUUCAAGGAUCAAUUAAUUUAGAACAAUUAGAAAGAGAAAUGGGUUAUGGUGUAGCUACUAGUUUUGCUAGAUAGAAAUCAUUUAUUUAUUUUUUAGCUAACUAACGAUACUUUGGUAAUUCAGUUAACCACUGAUUAGUUGGUUAAUUUAUUUAUUGUGAGGUGCCUUGUAUACAAUUUAUUUUCCAUUCCAUAAUCAGAUUUAUUGAAAUAUCAAGUCAUAUCUUGAAGUAUUUUGUCGGCAUCUUGAUAACAUUUUAGCAUAUUAUGAAGAUAUUCGUAUACGUUUUUGCUUUGAAUUUUUUGUCGGAGUGCGGCUAUAUCAGUUUGAGAUUGAAAAGUUUCAUCAGGGCAUAAAAGAAUUUGCUCUAGAUCCUUGAGAAAGUCAUUCAUUAUUCGUAUAUCCAAUGAUCUACAAUAAUCAAUCAUAAUAUGGUUUUUAAUACAUUUGUACUCAACUUUAAUAAAUUUAUAAUGUUGAUAUUAAA